AUGCACACGACGCGUCGAAACGUCAUGGAUUCGCGAAACGGAUUUCCCUCCGUUCAUUCAUCGCGGGUUCAAUGCUUUCGUUGUGGUGGUUUCGGCCACUUCUCCCGAAACUGCGUCUGGACCAAUUUCGGCGGAAGGGGCGGAGCCGGCGGCGGAUUACCCCGCAGUUUGCCCCCAGCCGCUCACGCCGCCGCGGUAGGCGACCGCAACGCGCGCGCCCUCUGCGCCUCGUGCGGGCACUUCGGGCACACAGAGGCCAAGUGCGGGCGGGACCUCCCCAUGGGUCCGCCCCUUCCGCACCCCAUGGGGCCCCAUUUCCCCCACCCCGACCUCCACCGCCCUUUCGAUCCGCGUUUCCCCGGUGGCGGAGCGAUGCCGCGCUGGCCGCGAAUGCCGGGAAUGGACGACGAUCCACGUAGGCUGUACCCCAGGGGCCCUGCUGGUUGGCGCGGGCCUCCUCCUAGGGAUGACACGUGGCGACCCGCGCGGCGGGAUAUACCCGGGAGGGGAGACUAUGGCCCUGAUGCGGGGGAGCGGGAGGAUAGGCGCGGUCCAGGGUGGUUGGAAGAGGCUGAGAGGGGUUUCGCUAGGUCAAGAAUGGAGGCUGGGGAGAUUCGCGACGAGGAGGCGGCGGAGAGAGCGGGGAGGGGGGGCGACGAGCGGUGCAAUGGCGGGCAAUUUCCCCGUGGGGGGAGGCUAGCGGGAGGCCUUCCCCCUGGGCCGCUGCCCGCGUUGGAGGGGGGUGGCGGCGAAUUCAGGCAGCCGCGCAGCAGAGAGCGCAGGGACGGGGAUGGCGGAGGGAUGGGGGAAUAUGCGGGCGUUUACGAUGUGAGGCUGGGGCAUGGGCGCGGCGGGGGAUUUCCGCAUUCUGGUGGCGCAUGGGCGGAGGAUUUUGUUCCGCUAGGGUGGGGGGAUGGGUGGGGCGGGGAGGGCUCGGGGGUGUGGCAUGGCGCGCUGGAUGCGGGCGCGGGCGGCGCUGGUGGCGGCCCUGACUGGGGCACUUGCGCGGAUAGGGAAGGGCGGGGGGAUAUUCGGGGGGAAGGGCGCGGGGAGUUUUCUGGUAGGCGGGGAGAGCGGGGGAACUAUGGGGGAGCUGAGGACCCUGGGGAGGGCUGGUCGCGGCUCCGGAGGGGGGAAAUGGCGCUAGACGAGCGGGAGGGGCGGGAAGGAAGAGCUUAUAACGGUCCUCUUGGGAAUGGGCCUGGGUUGAAUGAGCGCGGGAGUGAGGCGAGGAAGGAGAGGGAUAAGGGAAGGGGAAAGGCAAGGGAGAGCGAGAGGAGGACGAAGGAGGUGGAUAAAGAGAAGGAUAGGGAGAAGGAUAAAGAUAGGGAAAAGGGGAAGGAUAGGGAGAAGGGGAAAGAAAAGAGAAGGAGAAGGGUAGGGAGAAGGAGAAGGAGAAGGAGAAGGAGAAGGAGAAGGAGAAGGGACAGGAGAAGGAGAAGGAAGGAGGGCACGGCCACAGUGGGAGAACCUGCAACAACGACCAGUGAGAAGGUGCCACUUUCAGUGGGAGACCUAGCAGCAGCGACUGGUGAGAAGGUGGAUCGUGGUCCUGUGCUGAAGCAGCAUGUUGAUGAGGGGGAGGCUGGCGGUGGGAAGACUACUUCAGAGCUGACACAGAAAUCACCGCGUGGGGCUGGUGAGAAGGCAGCUGUGGAGAACGUUGCUGGAGAGGCGUUAGUUACGGAUACGACUGCUAGUGACGCAGGUGGUAGAGAAACCGGUGCUAUCGAAGCGGUAGGUAGGGAAAAGGUCAGUGAAACUAUUGUUAGGGAGAAGAUUAGUGAUGCAGUAGGUAGGGACAAGGUUGCAUGUGAGAAGGUGGCUGCAGAUAGUUCAAGUGUACGACGUGAGUCAUCACCUGUGCCAUCGAGUAGACCUCCAGGCGAUUCUUCAGGUGGUAGUCCACCCAAGGUGACUGCUAGGCUUGCUUCUGUCAGCGCUGCCUCCGAGCCUGCCCCCGUUCCAGCGUCCGGCAUCCCCAAACCUGAGGGUGCUUCCGAGCCUCCCACCGUUCCAGCCGCCACAGCUUCUGAACCAGAGGCCCGGGCUCCUGAGGCUUCUGCUACUGCCGUGCCUGCUGAUGCCGAGCCUGCACUUGUGGAUAGGGACUCGUCACAGUUCUGCCCCUCGUUCUCCCGUCCGUUUGGCGGGUUUGGAGAAGUGGGAGGUGCAGAUGGACCGUUUUGGCCUCCCAAUGCUGGGAGAGAGGCUUUAAGUAAAGAGCAAGCAAGUGACGAGCAGGGCGAACCAGGUGGGGGUAUCGGCCUGGGAGAAGGGAUUCCUGCUAGGGAAGGGGGCGAGGGUGGUGCAGCUAGAGACGAGGGAGAGGGUGUGGCGGUUAGGGAAGGGGAGCGUGAUGCUGGUAGAGAUGAAAAAGGAGUGGGACAAGAGAAUGCUGGUGGGGAUAAGGGGGGGAAGCAGCAGGACGGUGCAGGGGCUGCAAUGCUGGAAGAGGCGGGAGCUGCACUUGUGUCUGAUGCUGAGGUGGCAUGUCUGGAGGCCGCAUCUGCUGAGGUGGCAGGUGCUGAGAUGGCAGGUGUAGGGCAGCAGAGUGUGGAUGAGAGGGUGGAGCGGUUGAUGCAAGGCGUGGUGCUGGUGGCUGGAAAGGAAAAAGACAUCAUUUUCGAGCUGCUGAGUGCCGCAGCAACACUGGUAGAGGAGCAGCUGGAGAAGGAACUGGGAAUCGUGUCCGAAGCUCUCACUGGUAAGCUGCUGAAUGCUGAUAAAAGAGCAGGGAAUUCCAUCAUGCUGUCAGUGGUAAGUUGCUGA